AGCUGCAAUCGAGACAAAGACCAACGUGGCUUCGGUGUUGGCGAGCGUACUACAUGACGCACUUGUGAGAACGGAUGUCAAUGACAAAGGUUUAGACCACAGGAUACAACAUUUGCUCUGUCUGGCGUAUACGUCUCAGAUACACAAAGAUACUGUCUUGUCCCUCCGUGGAGAAGCGGCCGAACGCGUUCUUUUCGUGAUGAUGGAUAUGAUGUCAAGCAAACGUUCCUUGAACGCAUUUCAUUCGCGAGCCACCGCGCCCUAUCGCUUAUCUCUGCGUCGUCUAUUCUUACAUUUGUCGAAGGUGUCAAGAGUCAUCCCGUCGAGGCUGUUCCUGCACGAUAUCAUAUGUCAUGAACACGACAGAAUUCCCUGCGGAGAAGGGCAGUACGCAGAAGUCUUCCGAGCCAAAUAUAAUGAUGUAUAUGUCUCAUUGAAAAGGCUAAGAGUCUAUCAGAACCGCCACAAUGGUGCCGAGGAUCACGAGGCUUUUUGCCGAGAAUUGCUCGUGUGGUCCCAGUUGUCUCACGCGAACGUCCUGCCGCUGCUGGGAGCAGACAACAGCACCUUUCGAGGCAGACACUGCAUGGUAUCUCCGUGGAUGCGGAAUGGGAACAUACACGAGUGUAUGCAAUCACUUCACUCUAAAAGAAUUAGAAUUCCUUUUGAACGCUGGCUCUUAGAGAUCUCUCAAGGGUUGGAAUACCUACAUGCCGAAGGGAUUAUUCAUGGAGAUCUUCGAGGUGCGAAUAUACUCGUUGACGACUACAUGCACAUCCGACUGGCUGAUUUCGGCCUUGCGUUCUUCGCGGAUUCCACGACAGCAACAUUGGGCUCUCACGUAGGAGGCGCUGCGAGAUGGAUGGCUCCAGAACUGCUCAAGUCGUCGCAGAGAGCAACCUAUGCAAGUGAUAUAUACUCAUUUGGAUGUCUCUGUGUAGAGGUUUUAACUCGCAAGGUACCCUUCUCGUGUGUUCCGUCCGAUGCUCAAGUGAUCGCGAAAGUCUUGAAGGGCUUACGCCCCUCUCGGCCUACCCUGGAGAACGGCUUGUCACUACCUGACGAUCUCUGGUCACUACUGCAAGGGUGUUGGGCCGGGAAUCCUUUCGAUCGACCUGAUGACGGAGCUAUCGUUGAGCUUAUGGAAGCAAUCUGCUCAAAAGAAUGGGCUCGCCCAAUGACUGUAGCACUAGCCGCGAAAAGUUCCGCGCCGCCUUCGCAUUCGAUAAAGCUUCUGUUGGGACACGCACGAUAUCUCGCGGGAUCAAGUUGCACGCAGUCUUCAUCAAACGGCGCUGUGUUGCUGCUCACCAGUGCAUUACUAUUACAACCGCUGUGAAUUUUAGAAUGCACAUGUUCACAGAAAU